AUUUAACAUCACAAAUUCACAGGACAUGAACUCAAACCGUUACGGCGUUACCUUACCUUUCUGAGUUUUGACCCACACAACAACACUCGAAUCCCCUCUUCUCUUGUGCUUGUUGUAGCCGUCUCGUGACCAUCAAUGACGGAAGCCGACAAAUCUCCAUCACUGGCAGAGCAAUAUUUUGUGAACGACAAGCAAGAGAAAACAGAUGUAGUUGAAAAAUCUGUUGAAGUCAAAGAAGUUGAAAACCCAAAGGAGGCUGCUUCUGGGGAAACUGUCAUUGAGAAAACUGUGGAAGAAACAACUCCUGUUGCCCCUGCAGUUGUUCAGGAAAGCAGUGAAGUCACCCCUCCUGCUGAAGAAAGCAAUGAAGUGCAAAGUAGUGGAAAUGUUGAAGAAGAAAACUCUGGGAAUCAAGAUGCAGCUGAAGUGACCCCUGAAAUUAAGCUUGAGACUGCUCCAGCAGAUUUCCGUUUUCCAACUACAAAUCAAACUAGGCAUUGCUUUACCCGAUACAUUGAAUAUCAUCGAUGUGUAGCUGCAAAGGGAGAAGGUGCACCAGAAUGUGACAAGUUUGCUAAAUAUUAUCGUUCACUUUGCCCUGGUGAAUGGAUUGACAGAUGGAAUGAGCAGAGGGAGAAUGGAACAUUCCCUGGCCCGCUGUAGGUGGCACAUAUCUGAAAUUGCUGCUCAAUUUAUAAAAUUGCUAGAGAUAAACUCUUAUACCUUUGGGGAAUGUACGCAUUGGUUUAAUAAGAAAUUUUGGCUGUCUAUUUGAACAAGCUUGAGUUGUACAAUUUUCAGGAAACGCUUCUGGGUAAAUGUCCAGAGAUAUACGUUACUUUUAACUGGAUUCUUUGCUCUAUGAGGAGUUCUUA